UUGUUCCAGGCUUCUGGCUACAGUAGAACAAACAGGACACAGCUUUCCAUCAACUUGUCCGCACCGCAACCUGAAGGGCUCUGCCCGCGAAAGAAUGCCCCUACGCCGUGUCUCGUAUUAUCCCGUUUUCUGUUUCUAUUCCUGCUUUGUCUGCUAACCCCGCCCGUUUUCCCUUUGGCUGCCCCUUGUCGGGGCUGUGCCGGUGCGGAGGCGUAACUAUUUCCGUCUUUUUUCUACUGCCAGCGCCCUUCUUUCGCUUCAACCCUGCGACCCGGUCGUAUUCCUGCAAUGGGAAAACCCCCUGCAGUCAUCAUCAUUGCGAGGUACGGUCCUUCUCGACUGCUUUUCUUGCUGGUGGAGACAGACAAGCUAACUUUCGGUACCUUGUUGCGCGUCCUCAGGCACGGAGCUCGUCUCGACGCCGCGGAUAAAAACUGGCAUCUCACUUCUGCCACCCCCUACGACCCUCCCCUGACGUACGGCGGAUGGAAUCAAGCUCGUGCCCUCGGUGCGCGGAUUAUCAGUCUUCUGCACGCGCGAGAGGAUCGCCUUUCUGCCAACGGCGCGUCGAGCGACGGACGGAACAGCGAGCCAGUCUCUCGCUCGACUACGCCGUCCAACGGUCAUCGUGAAUCCCACGCGGCCAGCAGACCAGGUUCUCGAUCAGCAUCCAGGAAUAGACACACACGCAGGCGUAAACAUCAGAUUAUCAUCCAUACGUCGCCCUAUCUACGAUGCCUGCAGACGGCCAUCGGGGUGAGCGCGGGCAUCAACCAGCAUCGCCUGGUUCGCGCUGAUUCUGAGAGACAUCUAGCGGGAAAACACCAUCGCAUGACGGAUGAUGCGGGCGGUGCUACCCCUGCUAAUAACAUGACCGGUUACGAUGACCAUCGUUGUCUUCUCCGCGUCGACGGGUUUCUGGGGGAGUGGCUGACCCCGGACUACUUUGAGUAUAUCACACCACCUCCCGUGUCAGAAAGAAUGGUGGCAACCGCCAAGGAGACGUUGCUCCGGCAGGGAGAUGAAGCCGUGGAGACGCCUCUGACGGCCGGCCCGCCGCACCCUGGUCACUUCCCCGGCGGCUGGGGUAGCAGCUCCCAUAUCCGUAGCUCGUCGAGGCCCGUCUCGUCCGAUACGGAUGAUGUCGGGAAGCCUCACAAUUUAGCAACGUCUCCCAGCAGCCGACACCGCGCUGCAAGCUUCGCCGGUCACAUGGCCUCAAUACAUCCGGUACACGCACCGCGACAUCCACGGCCGCCCCUGGCAAAGCUCGAUACGAACUUCGAUAGUACUGGAAGCCGUUAUUCGCCUCCGACUCCUGGAUAUGCCGUCUCGCUAUCCGAUCCGAUCCCUCCGGGCAAUGUGUCGCACGCGCGCGAUGCUUGCGUUGAGUUUGAUUGCGAAUGGGACAGUAUGCGAGGGCCCAUGAAUUGGGGCGACGGUGGACAGUAUGGCGAGGAAUGGAGCGCCAUGCAUCGGCGGUUCCGCAAUGGACUGGGUAAGAUGGUGGACUGGUACCGCACGCAUGACCGGCCGCGGAAACACAACGACUACCACCCUCAUUACCAGUAUUACUCUCGGCUAUCCCAUCGUCGCCUGUCUCAUGGUUUUGAGGGCGGUGGCGACGAGGACAGCGGUAUGGACGAUGACUAUACCGAUACCGCAUUGGUGAUCAUCACGCACGGAGCGGGCUGUAACGCGCUGAUCGGGGCGCUGAGCAGCCAGCCGGCGUUGAUCGACAUCCCGACAGCCUCUCUCACCAUGGCCGUGCGUAAGGAUAUCGUCGAGAGCCCAUCCAGCCCGGGGGGCAACAGCCAUCCGCGGUCCUAUUUGGAUAUGCCGAUUGCCCACGAAUAUGACCUGAUCGUAACGGCAUCUUCCGACCAUCUGCGUCCGGGCGUCGAUCCAUCGAAACUUCCAGUCGCACCUGCAUCUCCCAAGCUGCCUCCCCGUCCGCCGUUUCCCUCGUACCGUCGUCGACUCGGAACGAUUGCAUCUCUGUCGCAUGGGCAUUUUGUGAUGGUGGGCCAUAGUGCCAGCGCCGGCGGAAAACCCCCGACUGACCGUUCGCCAUCGCCCCGGACCACCUCGCCUGGCCUUUGGGGGGCGCCGCCGUCUCCCCGGAUCUCGCCUGGUCUCUGGGGCUCGACAUCCAUCGGCACCGGAAGUAGCGGUGCAUCGAGUGAAGACCUUAUCGUCCCGAACUUUGCGGACUUGCAACCGACCAGGUCGAGGGAUAGCGAGGGAGGAAGCAGUACCUCGAGCAACGAACUGUGGAAUCGACAGCUUCCGUGGCGGACACGGGCCCAACGGAGUCUCUGGGGGAAUGCCUCCGUUGACGAGCUGUCAAGACGACGGUGGACCAUGUCGGACCGUCGCUGAUCAUGAUCGAAUCUUUGUCGUACUUCUACGUCUGUGGAGGCUUUAAUUAAUCUGGUUUAUUGCAUUAUUUCAUGGGUCAUAUUUGCGGCGUUUCCGUUUUUCUAGUUAUGACAUGAUACCUUAACUGUUCUACACGCAUUAAUCAGGUUUACAUCUGGCGUUUUGGAUAUUCUAAACCAUCUGAUGCAUAGCGAAUUCCCCCUAUUGUUUCUGUGUUUGUCUUGACCGGGACAUGAAUGUUGCUUCGAGUUUUUUGAUCUCGACCAUAAUGACCAUCUCCGCUCUAUUUCUCGGCCAUAUGUCCGCAGUAGAAAUCAGAUUAAUUAACUGCAGCCAUGAUAUCAUUGCCAUCG